UGUUUGUUUCGUCAUAAUGGAUAAUCCGGAUACUUGGGACAUACGGUCUGUGACGUCACAGGAGACAGAUCAAUCGGAAACAGCUGAUUCGAAGCCGGAAGACGCUGAUAAUGACGUCACAGUUAAAGAAAAAAAAGGAAAAUUUUCGAAACUUUUCAAAAGUUUGGUGAACAUUGGUCGUGGUGACAUCAUAGCUAACAGAGUGACGCCACAAUCGUUUGAUUCGCCACGUCACAAGUUUCAUUCUGAAGAAUUACCGAUGCGUGAACUUCAACAAAGUUCAUUAACCUUUAAUAACCCCGCGUACAUCACACAGACCUCAAUAGACGAUUAUUACGUAACAAACCAAGAUGAAUUAUUUUCGAAUAUGAACAAUAAGAGCAAUUAUCCGAUCACAAUCGAUUCUUCCGAAAAUGACGUCAAUCAUCCAUUCCAUAAAUACAAGAGUGACGUCACUCCUACGUCAUCAGUGACGCAUAACGUUGGGUUCUGGUCGCUAGUGAAGUUUCAUUCAUUCAAGUUAUGGCGGCGAACGUACAGACCGGAUACCGCGUUCCUUCAUUAUUGGCUGAUGGUUGUAACAAUAGCUUUAUUCUACAACUUGUGGACGAUCCCGCUUAGAGCUACAUUCGUAACAGACAUCCAAACACCCUGGCAGGGCGUGUGGUUCGCCAUGGACGCCAUUUCUGAUCUCAUCUACGUGAUUGACAUCUUUAUAAAGUUUAGGACCAAGUUCCUGAAAAGUGGAAUCUAUAUCAAUGACCAUAACUUAAUCGUCCGGCAUCGCCUCCAUGAAUGGACGAUCCUCUUCGAUGUGAUCUCCAUCUUCCCAUCUGACCUUUUCUUCAUCUCCCACAUCAACCCUUACUACAGGAUGAACAGGAUUGCAAGAUUCUACAGAACACUGACAUUCAUAAGGAUGGUUGAAAGCAACACAAAGUUUCCAAACAUCUGGAGAUUCCUGAACCUUAUGCAUAGUUACCUGGUUAUCCUGCAUUACAAUGCUUGUGUCUAUUUUACAUUGUCGGCUACUAAUGGAUAUGGUAACUUACUUACGAGCUGGUCUUACCCCGAUCCAAAUUUGUUUCCGGAAUACGGGUUUGUGACGCGGCAGUAUUCCUACUCUUUCUAUUGGUCGAUAAAAGUGCUGACACUGGUUGGGGGAACUCCCUUACCUGAGACAAAUUGGCAGUUCGCAUACACCAUUCUCCUUCAACUACUAUCCAUCAUUCUGGUGGCAUUGUUUAUAGCUUACAUGUCAAGUCUUGUGCAUGGACAACUUUCCCGCAGAAUGACUUUGGAAAAUGAAAUCCAAACAACAAGGAAUUACUUUGCAAGGACAAGUCUACCUGAGGAAUUAAGACACAAAGUUGAAUUGUUCUACCAGCAUAUGCUCAACCAUUCUGAGUUGGGUCAUUUAGACAAAGGACGACUAUUACGUCAUCUUCCUUUGUCUGUGAGAAAUGAGAUCACAAACCAUGAUUGUUACGCAGCAUUUAAACAGAUACCUGAACUGAUGAACUUGAGCUCAUCCACUCUAAGAAGGUUGAUUGGAAAGUUGGAGAGGUUGGUUUACCUUCCUGGGCAGUUUGUUUAUAAAAGUGGGGAACCUGCGCGGGAGGUUUACAUUGUGGGAAGUGGUGUGCUACAAAAUAUAAGAGAAAUUGACGGCCAUGUUAACCUGGUCCUUGACGGUGAAAUAUUUGGGGAAGAGAAUUUCCUUUCCAUGCAUCAGACAUUAAAACGUAGCAGCAACGUUACUGCUUGUGGCUACACAGAACUGUAUAUGCUGAGAGCUGCAGAUGUAAUUGAAGUUCUGAACCUGGAAGUCUCUAGCCAUAAAUCUAUUGGUUCCACUGCUAAAAAGUCAACAGCAAAAACACAAUCUAUCAGUGGGGUGGAUGUUAGUUUGGAAAGCACAAGAUAUACAACAAUAACCCAAUCAGACGACAGAUCAAGGUGGACACAUAGUAGCUCACCCGACAGUGCUCUACCUCCCUCUCCUGGUAGGAAACAAGAAGAAGAGUUGAAACUUCCGAAAAACAUUGGCCUUAUAGUUCGUCCAGACAUUGCCAACAAAUUGAAUCUUAUCUACCAACAAAACAAAGAGCAUUUGAAAUAUUCUUUGGAUACUUUUUGGAACCAAGAAAUAUCAACAUUUCAACAACAACUCACCGAAACCGACAAACAGCGCGACCGACGCGUUAAUGACGUCAUCAGAGAUAAAGAUGACGUCACUGAGAACGAUGUCACAACUGAUCCAUCUACGUCAUCAGCUGAAAGUUUAGCAACGUCUGAAAAGAAACAAAACAACUUAUUUACGAGAACGGUGACGUAUUCGGGAAAAAACCGUAAACGAACAGUGUUGCCAGUUUCGGCAACGAAUUCGACGAAAUCUAAUUCAAAGUAUAGACGACCAAGUGCUAUACAGGAAACACCGCUUGAUGUUUACGGCUCUCUUGUCUCACUAAACACUUUAAAAUGAUUCUACUUACCACAUAUAUCGCUUUUUAAUAUUGUUUACCGUAUUUUACCGUAUACCAUAUCCUCUGUGUAUUGCAAACUGUACUGCGUGUCAAAAAAAAUACAUAUAGUAAUGAAAGAAUG